ACUAGCUCAAGCACUCAAUGGUGAUGUUAAACACCUGCUUAAAAUAAUCUGCUUUCAAAACAAAUCUCAAGAAGGCCUGAGACCAAAUGCUUGAACUCCGCAGCUGGUGGGAUUUAAGGGUGUGAUUGCUGGCUGAGCACAGUGGGAGCUCCAGGGCUGUCCCAGUGAGGUGUUAGGAGGAGGGUUUAGGGACUCAUUAAUGAGAGCAGUCCCAUCCUCCUCCUGCUGUCAGGGACGCAGGCUCACUUUUAAAACAUAAGAAGCAUUUUUGAAAAACAGCACUGAGCUUCCAAUACCUCCUGGCUGUGAAUUUUCCACUGUGCCAUGAAUAUACCUGCCUCUAGGUAUAUUCACCCCCUUUGGAAGUGAAACUCCAUUUGUCAAACCUCAGUUAGUUUUAAAGCCAUCCCCUUCUCUCAGGAUGCUUUCCAUUCUUUGGAUUUUUAAAAUAUUUCCCCCCGCCCCUUUGUUUUCUACAAAUUCAGCUGUAUUUUUCAUUUCCGUCAUGGGGAAACCCAUGUCAUGUUGACCCAACCUUACUGCUCUGCUUCCUUCAGAUCAUGGUCUGUGCAACCAGAGGUGUGCCAUCGCUCACUCCUCAUCUCCUUCCUCCCACAGUGAGCAUCCCUCUGGCAAAGACCAGGUUCCAAAAGCCCCGGGGGAUUUGCAAAGACCCUUGCAGAAGUCCCACAGGCAGGAGUCCUGCAGGCAGGGAUGCUGGAGGAGCUGGUGCCAGCCUGUGCUGUGGGGUGCUGGGUUCAUCUUCUGCCAGCCAGCUCAGCAUGGGGAGCCAGAGAGCAGGGGAUGGGCAGGAGAGGGAACGGAUGGUUAGAAGGCAGGAACAGAUUUUGUCAGGGCUGAUCCUGAUGGACCCUGUGGUCAAGGGAAGCAUCCUUUUCUGGCCAGUGUGAGGAUUAACUGGGACUUGGGAAAGGUGGGUCCGGCUGCGGAGAACCCAGACACCAAUGCUGGGAUGAGUGGCUGCUCUGGGAGAUGCUAGAGAGUUCAUUUCGUCUUGUGAGGACAGACUGCUUCCCGCUAGCAGGACCCACCUCUGGCUGGCGUGAUGGCGGGAGCCUCCGUGAAGGUGGCGGUGCGCGUCCGGCCCUUCAACUCCCGGGAGAUGAGCCGGGAGUCUAAAUGCAUUAUCCAGAUGUCGGGAAGCACAACCACUAUCCUGAACCCAAAGCAGCCCAAAGAGACUCCAAAAAGCUUCAGCUUUGACUAUUCCUACUGGUCCCACACCACGCCCUCAGACAUCAACUAUGCAUCUCAGAAGCAAGUGUACCGGGACAUUGGGGAGGAGAUGUUGCAACAUGCCUUCGAAGGCUACAACGUCUGCAUCUUCGCCUAUGGGCAGACGGGCGCUGGCAAAUCCUACACCAUGAUGGGGAAGCAGGAGAAGGACCAGCAAGGCAUCAUCCCACAGCUGUGUGAGGACCUCUUCUCCCGCAUCAACGACACGACGAAUGACAACAUGUCCUACUCCGUGGAGGUGAGCUACAUGGAGAUAUACUGCGAGCGCGUGAGGGACCUCCUGAACCCCAAGAAUAAGGGGAAUCUGCGGGUCAGGGAGCAUCCUCUUAUGGGCCCAUAUGUUGAGGACCUUUCCAAGCUGGCUGUGACCUCCUACAAUGACAUCCAAGACCUCAUGGACUCUGGAAACAAGGCCCGCACAGUGGCUGCCACCAACAUGAACGAGACCAGCAGCCGCUCCCACGCCGUGUUCAACAUCAUCUUCACGCAGAAGCGGCACGACGCUGAGACAGACAUCACCACUGAGAAGGUCAGCAAAAUCAGCCUGGUGGACCUGGCAGGGAGCGAGCGAGCUGACUCCACUGGUGCAAAGGGCACAAGACUAAAGGAAGGAGCAAACAUCAACAAGUCCUUGACCACACUGGGGAAAGUCAUCUCUGCCCUGGCUGAAAUGGAUUCGGGGCCAAACAAGAACAAAAAGAAGAAGAAGACUGAUUUCAUCCCCUAUCGGGACUCGGUGCUGACCUGGCUGCUGCGGGAGAAUCUGGGGGGCAACUCCAGGACAGCCAUGGUCGCUGCUCUCAGUCCUGCUGACAUAAACUAUGAUGAGACCCUCAGCACCCUCAGGUACGCUGACCGUGCCAAGCAGAUCCGCUGCAACGCUGUCAUCAACGAGGACCCCAACAACAAGCUCAUCCGGGAGCUGAAGGACGAGGUGGCCCGUCUGCGUGACCUUCUCUAUGCCCAGGGCCUUGGGGACAUCAUUGACACCCAUCCUGCUGCAGGAGGAUCCAAAUAUGUGUCCGACUUUGAGAACAAUAAUGAUGCUAGAGGGGGAGAGCUGAGUCACCGCCCUGACAAUCUCUCCACAGUGACCAAUGCCAUCGCUGGGAUCAGUCCCUCUUCCUCCCUGUCAGCCUUGUCCAGCCGUGCUGCCUCUGUUGCCAGCCUCCACGAGCGCAUCAUGUUUGCUCCGGGCAGUGAAGAGGCCAUCGAGAGGCUCAAGGAAACCGAGAAGAUCAUUGCAGAGCUGAACGAGACGUGGGAAGAGAAGCUGCGGAGGACAGAAGCGAUCCGGAUGGAGAGGGAAGCAUUGCUGGCUGAAAUGGGGGUGGCCAUGAGGGAGGAUGGAGGCACCUUGGGUGUUUUCUCUCCUAAAAAGACACCCCACUUGGUCAACCUGAACGAGGACCCGCUCAUGUCUGAGUGUCUUCUCUACUACAUCAAGGACGGGAUAACAAGGGUUGGCCGGGAAGAUGCAGAGAAGAGGCAGGACAUUGUUCUCAGUGGGCACUUCAUUAAGGAAGAGCACUGCCUUUUCCGCAGUGACACCAAAACCGGUGGUGAAGUGAUAGUGACCCUGGAGCCCUGUGAGGGUGCUGACACCUAUGUGAAUGGCAAGAAGGUGACAGAGCCCAGCAUCUUACGCUCAGGAAACCGCAUCAUCAUGGGGAAGAGCCACGUCUUCCGCUUCAACCACCCCGAGCAGGCUCGGCAGGAGCGGGAGAGGACCCCGUGUGCUGAGACCCCUGCGGAGCCUGUGGACUGGGCUUUUGCCCAGAGGGAGCUGCUGGAGAAGCAAGGCAUCGACAUGAAGCAGGAGAUGGAGCAGCGGCUCCAGGAGCUGGAGGACCAGUACCGGAGGGAGCGGGAGGAGGCAAAUUACCUUCUCGAGCAGCAGAGGCUGGACUAUGAGAGCAAACUGGAGGCUCUCCAGAAGCAGAUGGACUCUAGGUAUUACCCUGAGGCAAACGAGGAAGAAGAUGAGCCUGAAGAUGAAGUGCAGUGGACGGAGCGGGAGUUUGAGCUGGCCCUCUGGGCCUUUAGGAAGUGGAAGUGGUACCAGUUCACCUCCCUCCGUGACCUGCUCUGGGGCAAUGCCAUCUUCCUCAAGGAAGCCAAUGCCAUCAGUGUGGAGCUGAAGAAGAAGGUCCAGUUCCAGUUCGUGCUCCUCACAGACACACUCUACUCGCCCCUCCCUCCCGACCUGCUGCCUCCCGAUGCUGCCAAGGACCGGGAGAAGCGACCAUUCCCCCGGACCAUCGUGGCCGUGGAGGUGCAGGACCAGAAGAACGGGGCUACACAUUACUGGACCCUGGAGAAGCUGAGGCAGCGCCUGGACCUGAUGCGCGAGAUGUACGACCGUGCAGCAGAAGUGCCUUCUAGUGUCAUCGAGGACUGCGACAACGUGGUGACGGGUGGAGAUCCUUUCUACGACCGCUUCCCCUGGUUCAGGCUGGUGGGCAGUUCAGAUAUCUCUGGCUGCAACAGCUCUCCUCUUUUCAACACAUGCAUGAGCGAGCGCAUGGCUGAUCUCACCCCCUCCCCUACCUUCUCGAACCCCGACUCCGACAUCACCGAGCCUGCUGACGAGCAGCACCAGGGGCAGGAGGAGGAGGAGGAGGAGGCGGAGGACCUGGAGGAAGACAUCUUUCCGGAGUGCCCGCUGUGUGAUGGCCGGGAUCCGUUUUACGACCGCUCCCCCCUGUUCAGUUUAGUAGGAAGGGCCUUCGUCUACCUGAGCAACCUCCUGUACCCCGUGCCCCUGGUCCACCGCGUGGCCAUCGUCAGCGAGAAGGGCGAAGUGAAGGGCUUCCUGCGCGUGGCUGUCCAGGCCAUCUCAGCGGAUGAGGAAGCCCCUGACUACGGCUCUGGCGUGCGGCAGUCAGGGAUGGCCAAGAUCUCCUUUGAUGACCAGUACUUUGAGAAGUUCCAGUCGGAGUCGUGCCCAGCUGUGGGGAUGUCACGCUCAGGGACCUCCCAGGAGGAGCUGCGCAUCGUGGAGGGCCAGGGGCAGGCCAGCGACACGGGUCCCUCUGCUGAUGAAGUCAACAACAAUACCUGUGCAGUGACUCAAGAGGACCUUCUCCUGGACAGCCCAGAGAAGACUUCACCAGAUGGGCCACUAGAGACUGCUCUGGACCACCUGAAGCUGGGCAGCAUCUUCACUUUCCGUGUGACAGUCCUGCAAGCCUCCAGCAUCUCUGCGGAAUAUGCAGAUAUCUUCUGCCAGUUCAACUUCAUCCAUCGCCAUGAUGAGGCCUUUUCAACAGAGCCCUUGAAGAACACGGGACGGGGGCCACCCCUUGGUUUCUACCAUGUCCAAAAUAUUGCUGUGGAGGUGACCAAGUCCUUCAUUGAAUACAUCAAGAGCCAGCCAAUUGUAUUUGAAGUGUUUGGGCACUACCAGCAGCACCCUUUCCCACCCCUCUGCAAGGAUGUCCUGAGCCCCCUGAGGCCAUCCCGGCGCCACUUCCCCCGUGUGAUGCCACUCUCCAAACCAGUGCCUGCCACCAAGCUGAGCACCAUGACUCGGCCCAGCGCCGGCCCGUGCCAGUGCAAGUACGACCUGAUGGUCUUCUUUGAGAUCUGUGAGCUGGAGGCCAACGGCGACUAUAUCCCCGCUGUUGUGGACCACCGUGGAGGCAUGCCAUGCCAUGGGACCUUCCUCCUCCACCAGGGCAUCCAGAGGAGAAUCACUGUCACCUUGGUGCAUGAAACGGGCAGCCUCAUCCGCUGGAAGGAAGUGCGGGAGCUGGUUGUGGGUCGGAUCCGGAACACCCCAGAAGCAGAUGAGUCUCUCAUCGACCCCAACAUCCUGUCCCUGAACAUCCUCUCUGCUGGGUACAUCCACCCCUCCCAGGAUGACCGGCAGUUUCUUGAUUCGGAUAUGCCUAGCAUUUCGUUCGGAAAUGACACUAGGACCUUCUACCAGUUCGAGGCGGCGUGGGACAGCUCCAUGCACAACUCGCUGCUGCUCAACCGGGUCACCCCGUACCGGGAGAAAAUCUACAUCACUCUUUCCGCCUACAUCGAGAUGGAGAACUGCACGCAGCCUGCUGUCAUCACCAAAGACUUCUGCAUGGUUUUCUACUCCCGGGAUGCCAAGCUUCCUGCCUCCCGCUCCAUCCGCAACCUCUUUGGCAGUGGCAGCCUGCGGGCUUCUGAGAGCAACCGCGUGACAGGAGUCUAUGAGCUCAGCCUCUGCCGCGUGGCCGAUGCUGGCAGCCCAGGGAUGCAGAGACGGCGCCGGCGCGUGCUGGACACCUCUGUAGCCUACGUGCGGGGAGAGGAGAACCUGGCUGGCUGGAGGCCCCGCAGCGACAGCCUUAUCCUCGACCACCAGUGGGAGCUGGAUAAACUCAGCCUCCUGCAAGAAGUGGAGAAGACAAGGCACUACCUGCUCCUGCGCGAGAAGCUGGAGACAACCCAGCGCCUGGGCCUGGAGACCCUGUUCCCCUGCUCCAGUGAGGACUCCGAGUCCCGAAGCACCUCCUGCGUCUCCUCCCCACUCUCUGUCGACGGGGCCCCCGAGGGCCGCACCUCUCCCCCCGAGACCCCAAGUGAGAGGCAGAAGGAGCUGGCUGUGAAGUGCUUGCGCCUGCUCACGCACACCUUCAACAGGGAGUACAGCCACAGCCACGUCUGCAUUAGUGCCAGCGAGAGCAAGCUGUCUGAAAUGUCCGUGACCCUAAUGAGAGACCCCUCCAUGCCAGCUCUCGGGGUCACCACUCUCACCCCCUCCUCGACCUGCCCUUCACUGGUGGAAGGAUGCUACAAUGCUAUGGAGGUCAGGCCCCACCAGGUCUCCUCCAGGGCAGACAGCCCUGACCUGGAACCUGUGGUAGAAGGAGAGCAGAAGAAGUCCCCAGCCUGCCGGCCUGAGGAGGAGAAGGAGCCCCAGCGUUUGCUGGUGCCUGACAUCCAGGAGAUCCGGGUCAGCCCCAUCGUCUCCAAAAAGGGCUACUUGCACUUCCUGGAGCCCCACACCAACGGGUGGGUGAAGCGCUUCGUGGUGGUGCGGCGCCCCUACGUCUACAUCUACAACUCGGACAAGGAUGCAGUUGAGAGGGCCAUACUCAACCUCUCCAAGGCCCAGGUGGAGUACAGCGAGGACCAGCAGGCCAUGCUCAAGACCCCAAACACGUUUGCGGUGUGUACGGAGCACCGGGGCAUCCUGCUGCAGGCAAGCAGUGACAAGGACAUGCACGACUGGCUCUAUGCCUUCAACCCUCUCCUGGCUGGGUCUAUAAGAUCCAAGCUGUCCAGAAGGAGAACAGCCCAGAUGAGAAUCUAACCUGAAAAACACCCUCCACCUCAUCCGUCUGCCAACAGGAUCAAGAUAGCUGAUUCUGUCUUCAAGACUCCCAUGUUAACAUCUGAUCUCUCACACCAUCUGCUGCCCCAGCUGUCUGCUCCAUGGAAGGAUCUGUCUCGAUUCACACCUUCACAGGGGAAACUCACUUCCAUUCAUAGCUGCAAAAGCCUGGACCUGCCUGGGCAGAAUUUCUCGUGCGCAUGUCAUCUUCUGCCCACCCCCCCCCAUCCCCCGUGGGUGACCUUCUUGUCACUCCAUCUGUAACACUCCAGAAAGGUCCCUGUUGGAGAGGAGGGAGUGAGGAGGGGAGUUUUGGCUGAAAGCUGGUCUUUUGAUCUA